AAACAAAAUCGUCUUCUCCUACUCCUAACACAAAUCCAAAGUCCUUUGAAGAUAUAUACAAUGCACACAAUGGUUGAUCCUACGCCGACGGCUGAUCAUGAAGGUGAAGGAGGAGGAGGAGGAAAGAAAACAUCAAGAACUUAUGUUAAGAAACUGAUUGACGUGGGAGAAGCAAAGACUCAGAUUGUUUAUUCUCUGCCAAUGAUAUUCACCAAUCUUUUCUACUAUGGUGUCCCUUUAACCUCGGUUAUGUUUGCUUCUCAUCUCGGCCAUCUUGAACUUGCUGGUGCCACCCUUGCUAAUUCUUGGGCUACCGUCACUGGUUAUGCCUUCAUGACAGGGUUAAGUGGAGCACUUGAGACAUUGUGUGGACAAGGCUUUGGUGCAAAAAACUAUCGGAUGUUGGGGAUUCAUCUACAAUCAUCUUGCAUCGUCUCAUUAGUUUUCAGCAUCUUCAUCACCAUCUUAUGGUUUUUCACUGAACCUGUUUUCUUACUACUCAAACAAGAUCCUAACAUCUCAAGACAAGCUGCACUCUAUAUGAAGUACCUAACCCCUGGCUUGUUUGCUUAUGGGUUCUUACAAAACAUUCUGAGGUUUUGCCAAACACAAUCCAUCAUUAUGCCGCUAGUCGUCUUCUCGUUUUUCCCCUUGGUGAUUAAUAUCGGUCUUACGUAUGUGCUGGUUAAUUUAUCUGGCCUUGGAUUCAUUGGUGCUCCCGUCGCCACGUCUAUAUCAACGUGGAUAGGUUUCGUUUCUCUGGGAACUUAUGUGAUUUGUUCGAACAAGUUUAAGGAAACAUGGACUGGGUUUUCUUUGGAAUCAUUUCGUCAUGUUGUUCUAAACUUGACGUUAAGCAUCCCUUCUACGGCUAUGGUGUGUUUGGAAUAUUGGGUGUUCGAGAUUCUAGUGUUUUUGGCGGGAUUGAUGCCAAAUCCAGAAAUCAGCACCUCUUUGGUAGCUAUAUGCGUCAACACGGAAUCGAUCAGCUACAUGAUAACAUACGGACUUAGUGCAGCUGCAAGCACGCGUGUGUCCAACGAACUUGGAGCAGAAAAUGUAAAAGGCGCAAAAAACGCGACUUCUGUAGCUGUUAAGUUGUCUUUAGUCCUUGCUCUCUGCAUGGUGGUUGCUAUACUCACUGGUCAUGAUGCUUGGGUUGGUUUGUUCAGCAAUAGCCAUGAGAUUAAAGAGGCGUUUUCAUCAUUGAAGUUUUUCAUUGCUGCCUCUAUAACUCUUGAUUCAAUCCAAGGUGUUUUAUCAGGAGUUGCAAGAGGAUGCGGAUGGCAGCGUAUAGUUACGGUUAUAAAUUUGGGAACAUUCUACCUAAUUGGAAUGCCUAUUUCAGUAAUUUGUGGUUUCAAGUUAAAGCUUUAUGCCAAGGGUUUGUGGAUUGGUCUGAUAUGUGGAAUGAUCUGCCAAUCUUCAUCUCUCUUGCUUAUGACAAUUUUCCGGAGAUGGACAAAGCUAAAUGCUGCUACUGUCUGAAAUGUCGUCUUAGUUCCAAUUUUUCUGAGUUUAGGUAGUAAGACUGUUAUUAAGGACGAGAUACAUAUUAAAACUUAUGAACUUCUUCCAAAUGCAUAGUUAGAAAUGAUAUCUUGUCUUUGUUAUU